AUGAAGCUCGCCCUCGCCCUCGUCCUCGCCCCCGCCGCCGCCUUCCAGGCGCCGGUCGCCCAGAAGGCGUCCGUCGUCGUCAAGGACUCCAUCGGCGUCGACCCCGGCCCGAUCGAGCCGUCCGGCCUCUUCUGGGAGGACAAGGAGUCCCUCGCGCGCCGCCGCGCCGUCGAGAUCAAGCACGGCCGCAUCUCCAUGAUGGCGUUCCUCGGCAUGAUGGUCCAGGAGCUCGGCAUCACGUUCCCCGGCUCGAUCAACCUCGACGGCUCGGUCCAGUUCUCGGACAUCCUCAAGGACGGCAUGGGCUUCGCCGCGCUCGCCAACGUGCCGACGCUCGGCCUCGUGCAGAUCCUCGCCUUCGGCGGCAUCGCCGAGACGGUCGCCAUGCCCGCCACGGAGUACACGGGCGGCCCCCAGAACCUCCCCGGCGGCUACGACGGCUCCGCGGGCACCAUCCCCGGCGGCUACCCCUUCACGACCCAGAUCGAGGACCCCACGGCCCGCACGCGCGCGCUCACCUGCGAGCUCCAGAACGGCCGCGCCGCCAUGAUGGGCGUCACGGGCGCGAUGAUGCACUCCCAGCUCGACUCGUGCGACCACCACUUCUUCUACCCCAUCACGCACAACUAGGCGC